GUCCAGUCCACCGGAUGGUACGAGUCGCAAGAGCACAUAUACAUCGCCAUGGAGUUCAUGCAGCAUGGCGACCUGCAGCAAUAUACCUGUCGUACCAUUCCACUCCCGGAGCCAGAGGUUCAGACCAUCAUCUUUCAGGUUCUCCAGGCACUACGAUUCAUGCACGAGAGAGGGUUUACCCAUCGUGAUCUCAAGCCGGCAAACAUCAUGGUCGCAAGUCUCGGGCCGGCCUGGUGGGUCAAAGUUGCAGACUUCGGCAUUAGCAAGCGUGCCGCCGGCGGUGUGACUGAGCUGCGGACCGCGAUUGGAACCAUAACAUUCAUGGCUCCAGAGCUGCAUGGGCUGAUAGAUGGAGACAGUUUGAAUCAAGAGACCGGGUACACCAAUGCCGUAGACAUCUGGUCGACCGGAGUGAUUGCAUGGCUGAUGAUCACCGGGAAGCCUCCGUUUCCGGACGUUGGAAGUCUGGCUCGAUAUGCCAAAGACGGAAAGCUGCAGUCGCUCGGGAUAUUGGAUGGUCUGCUUGUGAGUCAGGCGGGUCAGGCCUUCUUGGAACGAUGUAUUGCGGCGACACCAGCGGAUCGACCGCAUGCCAGCGAUGCUCUAGAUCAUUCUUGGCUU